AUUAAAAGCUUUUAUGACCUCUCGGGAGAAUAGAGGGCUUCUUUGUUGAAUUCACAAAAACAGUGGCAUUUUGACUUUUCCAUCGAUAGUCUGCGCCUCAGUUUAAAGUCCAACUGUGCUUCUCCUUCUCCCUCCGAAAGAAUGAGGGUCCGCCGGUUAUUUUACUAUGACAACGUAAUCCGGAAGUCCUUCAUCUUAGCAUAUUGGCUAACUUGGCAGCACGGUGGAAAGCGACCAGAUGGAAUUCAGCACUGCCUUCUUAACAGAUUCCACACAUUUUAAAUUGUUUCGCACACAUUUUUAGCCGACUUUCCUGCUGACAAACAGCCCUGGCGUGAACACAGGCGCUUAUCUGGGAGCUUCGGCUGCGCUGUGAACCGGGACAGAAGCGGUCGAGACGUUUACAGAUCCCCCCCCCACACCAAACAUCUUCCCACUGUCCCAAAGGCGUGUGUGCAUCAUGCCGCUGUUUGGUAAAUCACACAAGAGUCCUGUGGACAUCGUCAAGACCCUGAAGGAAAAUCUGGCCAUUCUGGUCAAACAGGAUAAGAAGACAGACAAGGCCUCUGAGGAGGUGUCAAAGUGUUUGGUGUCCAUGAAGGAGAUUCUGUACGGAAGCAAUGACAAGGAGCCCCACACUGAGACUGUGGCCCAGCUGGCCCAGGAGCUGUACAACAGCGGCCUGCUGAUCACACUGGUAGAAAACCUACAGGUUAUAGAUUUUGAGGGGAAGAAAGACGUGUGCCAGAUCUUCAACAACAUCCUGAGGAGGCAGAUUGGGACGAGGAACCCCACUGUUGAAUAUUUCUGUUCCCAUCAGGAGGUCCUUUUCAUACUGCUGAAAGGAUAUGAGACACCUCAGGUAGCGCUGAAUUGUGGGAUCAUGCUGAGGGAGUGCAUCCGCCACGAGCCGCUCGCCAAGAUAGUUCUUCAUUCGGAGCAUUUCCACAGUUUCUUCAACUAUGUGGAGAUGUCCACCUUCGACAUUGCUUCUGAUGCAUUCGCCACCUUCAAGGACCUCUUGACGAGACACAAAGUGCUUGUGGCUGAAUUCCUCGAGCAGAACUACGAUGCUGUGUUUGCAGACUAUGAGAAGCUGCUGCACUCUGAGAAUUAUGUCACCAAGCGGCAGUCUCUAAAGCUUCUGGGAGAGCUGUUAUUGGACAGACAUAACUUCACGGUCAUGACGCGUUACAUCAGCAAGACGGAGAAUCUCAAGCUGAUGAUGAAUCUGCUCAGAGACAAGAGUCCCAACAUCCAGUUUGAGGCCUUCCACGUCUUUAAGGUGUUCGUAGCAAACCCCAACAAGACGCAGCCCAUCAUUGACAUCCUGGUCAAGAACCAGACCAAACUCAUCGAUUUCUUGAGCAACUUCCAGAAGGACCGCACAGAUGACGAUCAGUUCAACGACGAGAAGACCUACCUUAUCAAACAGAUCAGGGAUCUGAAGAAACCGGCUUCCUAGAGAAGCUUCCCUUCCUGCCCUCUACUUCAACUUUUUAUCAAUAGGAAGACAUAGAAAAAAAACACAUUAACAGUAAUGGCUACUCUAUUUAAAAGAAAAUUCUUUGAGACAUUAUUUGUCUUUUUUUUCCUCCUCUUUGUCAGUUCAUUAAAAACUUGUGAAGAGUAGUUUUUAAUCACUGAUCUUUCUUUUGUAAAUUUUUGUUUUUCAUGGCUUUUUUUUUUUCUCUCUCAUUUCAUCUGUAGCAUGUAGUGCCACAACUCAUGGUGUUGGAGGCAGCUGAUUUGCUUUGUUGGGGAGAACCAGGGGUUAAAAAGCUUAGGCCAAAAUGCUCCAGUGGCCGAGCAUUUUCUUUAAUCUUAUCAGCUUUUGCAGAUGCUCCAUUAGCUUCUGCUUACAAGUUAAUUUGUAAAUAUUUAAAGGAAGUAGCUGGAAAUCAGAAAAAUAAUUUUUGGAGGUGUGUGGUGGGGAUCAAUAUGUCCGGUUAGGUCCAGGUGAAAUAUAUUUUACAGUGAGAAGAUCUUCAUUGCUCAAAGCUUUUUUUCUCUUUUAUUUUUAAAGCCAAAUGACAGUAAACAGUAAAGCUCAGCAGCCUAUAAGAAUAUAUUGGGGUUAUUCUUGAGUUCAUGAAGUCAUGAAUUUAUGUACAAAAAUGUAAUAUGAUGUUCUUUCAGAUGAGUAAAUUCAAAAUUUCUCUGAAAAUAUUAUCACCCAUAUGACCUCUGCCCUUAAAUCUACAGUGGCCCUGAUGCUCCACCACAGUUUCCAUCUGGUAGCCUAAUAACUCAUUUCUGUGGCAGCAAAUCUGUGAUUGUUUAAAAAAUCCAAAAGGCCCGCAUCACUUGAGGGUUUCCCACCAAGAUGGAGAAAAGUCAUCUUCCUCGCCAGUGUAAAGGCUGAGCUCAGCUGUGUCGUUCUAAAUUACUCCGACUUCUUGAGAAAAAAACGAUUUCAGUUCGAUUUCACUGCUGGCUUAAAAACAAAAAUCUUAAAAAUGAAGGAAAAAAAAAAAGGUAACUGACACCAUUUUGAUCACUGGUUCUCUUUGCUGGUGGCUAAUAGCACUUUCUGUAUGUCUUUAAAAAAAAAAAAUAGAGAUUCAAGAUUCAAUUUUUUUUUUUAAAGCUGAUCACUGUUUUCACACUGCUUGAUGGUAUUUUUUGUUUUUAUAUAUAUAUGUAGUUUCAUUUCUCAUCGUGUACAGUUUUUGGUUUGAGUGCCAUUGUGAGUGCGAACAUUGAUCGUUAGGAGGCACUUUGCUGUGUGGAGGAGAGAUGCUGGCUGUUUUUGUUUCACUCCCUUUUCUUUCUGUACUGUAAUAGAUGUUUUGCUCUGGUUUGGAUCUGACGUUGGUAUCAGAAAGGAAGAAAAGAUUCAGAGGUGCCUUUUUUUUUUUUUUUUGGUGUGUUUUCCCUUCUCUUCACUCUUCUUUUUGUAUUUGCAGUAUCUUUUUAGGGGGAGCUUAAUUAUUCUGUUGAUGAAAAUAUGCUCUGAUAGAACAUAUUGUGAUUAAGCAGUGAACCUCUUAACUCACUAUACCGGAGUUCCUUUGUCGUUUGAAACCUUUUAAACUCUUCGCAGCUCAUCAAGCUGCCGUUGCCAUAGUUUGUUGGAAAAAGUAGAGCCGAUCCAACAUGUGAAGUGCAAACUCGGUGGGAAACAGAGCGAGGCCAAAGCUGACCUGCAGCAGUGGUUAAAUGUAACUGUGGAAAAAAAUGAAAAUCCACAUUUAGUUCAAACAGACUCAGCAGAAUCAGUUAAGUUUAAAACAGCUUUGAUUUUUUUUUUUUUUUUUUUUUAGUCUUAAAUCAAUCAUUAACAUCUCCUCCUUUAACAAAAAGAUUCCGAGACUAAAGUUUGGAAGUGUUUGAAUUUAUUUUCCAGUUGAUAUUUGAUGAGCAUUCACAGAAAUUUUAAAACAAACCGGAAAUGGAGUCGUGAUAAAUCUCUCAAGUAAAGCCUAAACCUUUGUCUUGAAUAAUUAAAAACAGUGAGUUUAAAUGGAAGACUUAAACACAUUAAAGGCUGUUCUGCUCUUACUUUUCAUCUAGGAUCAAAGAAAAAAAUGAAAAAAAUAGUUCUCCAUGCUUUGUCUUUCUGGAUGACAAAACCAAUACCAGCCAUUUCAGAUGCCAUAGGUUGUGAUCAAGUAUAUCAUGAUAUAACAUGAAAUGCAAAUGUAAGCCAACCAGCUUCACAUCAGACUUGAGCCAAAUAAUACUUGUUUGAUGCCUGUUUUACAACUAUGAGCAACUUUUGUCAAAGUAAAAUUAAACAUUAAACACCUGGUGUCCUCUGAAAGCAGCCACCUUGUUUUCCACUUUGAUGCUGUUGUACAACAUUCACAACAAAUAAAUAAAAUUAAAAAAAAAAAAAAAAGAUGGGAAUGCA